CGCAGCAGCACUGAGCUCUCUGCAUCUCGACGGCAAUCAUCCAAAGACUUUGAUGUGCUCGCUCGACUUUUCUCGAAAAAAUCAGAGCAUCAGCGGUGAUGUACAUUUGACUCGUCAGCUCGUCAACAAACAGUGGGGAGAUGUAUAUUUUGAUCGUCCCGUCCAUCCAACAGUCUCCCAACACCAUUCGACGAGACUUGCAAGGGUUUCGAGUGAGGGCAAAUUGCGGGCCUGACUGCAGGGUUUCAGGCUUCCUGCGACUCACUGCGCCGCCUACUUGACCAUGAUCGACUAUGAAAUUGCUCUACAUAAGAGGUGUACUACCCACAGUUCUCCAUCGCUAUCAUAACUCCAGAAGUCCACUACUCCGCAUGUCAAUUGCUCUGUAAUGCCCAGCAUCAAUCAAAUACCUACGAACCUUUUAUGUACUACCUCGACGAAUUCGAGAAUUCACAUCGAGUCGAUCAACAGCGGCCAAAAGUCAUCUUUACUCUCCAAGCUUUCAACUGCGCCAUGGCAUACAACAACGCAAUCCCUAUCGGCGUCAUCGUCGGACUGGUCUCAUCUAUCAUCCUCCUGAUCCUCGCAUUACGCUGGCUUAGACACAAGAACAACCAGAAGGAAGCACGCGAGCAGGACAUGGAGGCAGCCAAAGUGGAGGCUUCAGCAUUUGAUGACGGCGCAUCGGAUAAUUGCACACCAAUCGCAUCGCCUAGAGAUGCCUUGUUCCAGCCAAGUUUGCACAACAAGUCUGUUGUCAGUCUUUUUGCAGAACCGAACAAGACGGAGAAGGAGUGGAGUGAUGCUAGGAGGGCUCAAGAACGUGCAUGAGUGGUGCCAUCUAGAAAUGGCUGUAGUCCAAUAACGAA